UUGAAGGUGCGCCCGUUGCCGGAAGUGUUUGUGUUUUCGCCCCGUUUCUCCUCAGCUGGUUCCGCCAUGGCUGCGGCGGCAGGGCCGGCCUUGCUGGACGUGCCGCCUCAGGAAUGCCCCGGCACCGGCAGCGACCAGGCGGGCAAGGCCGAGGCCUGCCAGGGGUGCCCCAACCAGGGCGUGUGCUCCUCCAGGGGGCCCGUGGGACCCGACCCAGCUAUUGAGGAAAUCAAGGAGAAAAUGAAAGCUGUGAAACACAAACUGCUGGUGUUGUCUGGGAAAGGAGGCGUAGGGAAGAGCACAUUCAGUGCUCACUUGGCGCAUGGCUUGGCUGAAGAUGAAACCAAACAGGUUGCCGUGCUGGACAUUGACAUCUGUGGUCCAUCCAUCCCUAAAAUCAUGGGCCUGGAAGGGGAACAGGUUCACCAAAGUGGUUCUGGAUGGUCUCCAGUGUACGUUGAAGAAAACUUAGGAGUCAUGUCGGUGGGAUUCUUACUCGGCAGCCCUGAUGAUGCCGUUAUUUGGAGAGGACCCAAAAAAAAUGGAAUGAUUAAGCAGUUUCUCCGCGAUGUGGACUGGGGCGAAGUCGACUACCUUAUUGUAGAUACACCUCCAGGAACAUCGGAUGAGCACUUAUCUAUAGUGCAGUACCUCAGUGCCGCCAACAUAGAUGGGGCAGUGGUAAUCACUACCCCUCAGGAAGUCGCUCUUCAGGACGUUCGGAAAGAGAUAAACUUCUGCCGUAAGGUGAAGCUGCCAAUCAUAGGAGUAGUUGAAAAUAUGAGUGGCUUCAUUUGCCCGAAAUGUAAGAAUGAGUCGCAGAUAUUCCCCCCGACAACUGGUGGUGCAGAGGCCAUGUGCCACAGUUUGAACGUGCCUCUCCUGGGCAAGGUGCCUCUGGACCCACAAAUAGGAAAAAGCUGUGACGCGGGACACUCGUUCUUGUCCGAGGUACCGAAUUCUCCAGCUACGUUAUCCUACAGGAAUAUCAUCCAGAGAAUCCAAGACUUCUGUAGCCACAGCCACCCGCAGGAAGAAAACAGUACUUGAACAGCAAACUAUGGAAGGGUCCUUAGGAAAGCGUUGAUCGCCUUAAGCCUCUCUGUAUAGGAAUAUAUAAAGCCUUUGUUUUGCAAGCAAAUAAAUUUUUUGAAUAAUG